GCGUCCUAUAUGAUGUCUGAAUUCGAUUCUACCGAUACCCUUUUUACCGGGGACCAAGAAAACCUGACACAAUUCGGUAAAGAAGAUAACCAUAAUCAAUCCAAUGAUUUGUCCGACAAUCCCUUUUUAGCUCCCGCUUCGCCGUCACUUCCGACUUUCAACGAUGGUUACGUCAUGUUGAACACCACAACCAAUGCCGCUACUCCUGCCAUCACUGAGGCGGAUCCGUUUUCAUCUGCUUUUAACCACAUCCAAGAGCCGCAUUCUUCGAUACCUAACGGUUUACAGAACCACGUCAUCGAGUCAUCCGAUGAAUGUGAUACGUGGCGCCUCCGAUUUGAUGAACGGAUCGCGAAAAAGGAUAUAGAAGAGGAAAAAGCACUUGCUGUAUUGAAGGAAACAGCCAGCAAGGAACUGGACGCCUGGUAUAAACAGUAUAGGGAGAAUAUUUCGUCACGUGCGAAGGAAUUUCGAGCUAAGCAGUGCUCAGAAGGAGAACGAGGACGUGGGGAAUCCGUCGCUUCUAAACCGACUGUCACUGACACUGCCGUCUGGGAGCGGAUUUGUGAUAUGUGUGAUUUUCAGAGCAAGCACAAAACUUCGUCGGACCUGAGUCGAAUGCGGGGCGUCCUAUUGUCUCUUAAACCAAUGUCCUGAUAAGCCAGCCUUCACUUCCGAGGAUUUGAUUAAUUCGUACACGAACGCUGUUGAUGCUAUUUUUGGGCUCCCUUUCUGCCACUUUGAUUUCCCUUGCGUUUCUGUUCAACAGCGGACGGCCCAAAAGUCCCCAUCUUUUCUCAUCACAUGUUGCCUUCAACCACAUACAAUCACUUAUCGACUGCUUUGCAAGUUUGAACUGAUGUGAUCCACUGUUCCGAGGAUCAGUUUUCCACAAUUUUUGUCUGCCCAAUACAUCCUACACAGAUAGUGUUUGUUUUACCCAAUUACUUUCUAUUCCGCCGUCUGCAAGCCACUGGAGUUCAAAUUGCACUUUUGCUGUGAAACUGUGACCUCUGCAUGGUGUGAUGAUGCAUUAUCUUUUGUUUUCUGUGAGCACCUCCUCAGAACGAUCUAUGAAUAGAUGA